GACCACCUAUAAGGCAGAGCAUCUCAAGGUGGAGGGAGAGGUCUUGAGGUGUGUGCGAACGAAUUCUUCGAGAGUCGGAGAUUGUCUUCGCCGUCGCUUCUGCGGUUCCUUCACCUCUAAUCCGAUCAAGUUUCCAGGAAGACGAUGGUCGUCUGCGAGCGCCGCUAGGUUUUGCCUAUUGUUUCUGGUUUUAGCCUUGCAAUUCUAAAAAUGGAUUGCAGCGUUGGGUGUUUAGCAAGAGUUGUUGUUUCAGAGAAUUCUUAACCAACUUCAUAGCUUUGUUGAGGUUUGGAAAAUGGCCGCAACCAAGCAUUUUCCUCGGAUGGUCUCACAUGUGAUUCUUGAUUUGGAUGGUACACUUUUAAAUACAGAUGGUGUCAUGAAUGAAGUUCUCAAAGUAUUCCUUGUUAAAUAUGGCAAAAGGUGGGACAAUAAAAUAUCUCAGAAAAUAAUAGGGAGGACACCUUUGGAAGUUGCAACUGCAGUUGUGAAAGAUUUUUCACUUUCUCUGACAACUGAGGAGCUCAUGUCUGCAAUUUCUCCAAUGUUCUCUGACCAGUGGUGCAAUAUCAAAGCUCUGCCAGGUGCUAAUCGGUUGAUUAAACAUCUGAGGAGUAAUGGGGUGACUAUGGCUUUAGCUUCAAACUCUUCAAAAUCCUGCAUAGAAGCAAAGAUUUCUUUCCACCAAGGCUGGAAAGAAUCAUUUUCUGUUAUCAUUGGUGGUGAUGAAGUUACUACGGGAAAGCCAUCCCCAGAAAUAUUCCUUGAAGCUGCCAAAAGAAUGAAUGUUGAUAUUUCAAAUUGCUUGGUGAUCGAGGACUCAUUGCCUGGCGUUGUUGCUGGCAAAGCAGCAGGAAUGGCAGUGGUAGCAGUGCCAUCUCUUCCGAAACAAGCUGGUCUUUACAGUUCAGCGGAUGUGGUAAUCAAUUCUUUGCUUGAUCUGCAUCCUGAAAAGUGGGGCUUACCUCCUUUUGAAGAUUGGAUUGAAGGCACUUUACCAAUUGAACCAUGGUAUAUUGGAGGACCUGUUAUUAAGGGAUUUGGUAGGGGCUCCAAGGUACUUGGGAUACCAACAGCUAAUUUACCUGCAGAAAAUUUUUCUACAAUACUCUCUGAGCACACAUCAGGAGUCUACUUUGGCUGGGCAGGACUCUCAACAAGGGGCAUCUACAAGAUGGUCAUGAGCAUUGGUUGGAACCCAUACUUUGACAACACCGAGAAGACUAUUGAGCCAUGGCUACUCCAUGACUUUGGUGAGGACUUUUACGGGGAGGAGUUGCGCCUCGCUAUUGUAGGCUACAUAAGACCAGAGGCGAAUUUUCCGUCGCUCGAGAGUCUGAUAGCAAGGAUUCAUGAGGAUGGUAGGAUAGCCAAGAAUGCCCUUGACCUUCCUAUAUAUGCAGGCUCCAAAGAUUCACCAUAUUUGAAGAACUCCAUGCUGCGGAGUAAUUGUUAUUCUUGAAUUGCAUGAGUUUUAGAUGUGUAGAAGAGAUAAAUCUUUCAGAUUGGUCAACGGUCAGAACAAGAACCAAAGUAUGGCCUUGGCCACAUUCAUCAAACAGAAGAAGAUGCCAAAUGCAAACAUGAUUGUGUUAACCUAUAUUCUUUUCUAAAACAUAAAUCUCUUGAUCAAACGAGCAAAAAGAGGUGAAUGUUUUUCUAA